AUGUUGAAAUCGCGCAUUAAGCGACUGAGGGGCAUUAGGAAAACCAUCUAUCCAUCUGUCUUCGACAAUGCAGAAGUGAAAAAAGAAUUAGAUAGAUUACACGAUCAGCAUUUACUGGUCCCCGCUGACAAAAACUCAAAGAGCAAAGAGCUCUCGCAACUGCAGAUAGAAGAAAUUCGUGGGGUCUUUAAUGCCUGUGACCAUGACGGUAAUGGAACAGUAGAUGCCGGGGAACUCCAAAAUGUAAUGCAGGCUUGUGGACAAAACCCAACAACAUCCGAACUACAAGACAUCAUUAAUGACGUCGACAAUGACGGAAAUGGAUCACUGGAAUUUUCCGAGUUUGUAAAUCUGACAAGAGGAAUUUACGAGGAUCCAAAACAGUUUGAAGAAGAAAUUAGAGAGGCUUUUCGAAGAUAUGACAAAGAUGGCAAUGGUGUUAUUAGCCAAUCAGAAUUUAAACUCCUUUUUUCUUCAUUUGGAGAAAAGAUCUCUGAUGAAGAAAUGAAAGAGCUAUUAUCUCGGACAGAAAUAGAUAAGGAAGGAAACAUUAGUUAUGAAGCUUUUGCCAAGCUGCUCCUAGGAAGUUAG